CCUAAAGGUGCUGUAGAGUAUUGAUAGAGCUACUCUCUUGGUCCCCCUCCUGGUUGUUUCGUUUAUUAUCUCCUUGUCGCUUCACAACAAAGGGAAGGCAUUCUCAUACUUCUAGAUACAAUACAGAAACUUAAAGACCUGAUCAACUUAUUUUAUCUCUCAGCGUGAGGACAUAGACAUACUCGACAUGUCCGGGGCAAUAGGCUACUACUGCUCUUGUGUUAUCAUCGUCGCUCUGGCAGCACAAUCGAACGCACAGGGGCUGAUAACCGAUGUCGAAGGCCCGGAUGGAACCGGUACAACGAGGUCGUCAUCCCCCAAAUCAUUAUCAGCAGGGAUGAUUGUCCUGUGCACGAUAGUCGGGGUAGUGGUUUUAAUUGGAAUCACGUCGACUGUUCUGUUCAUCAUCGCGAAACGACGUCAAUGGGCAAUGCGCGAGGCAAUAACUCGAUCUGCUCGACGAGCCACACAAGCCAUCAAAACACCAUUGUCUGCCAGGUUUCCGAGGUCUCAGCUCCCGCAAGGUGGAAUGAGCUCGGGCGAUAAUUCUACCCGUCGUGUUGAAGGAAGAAGCCACAGACAGAAGGCCAAUCCCAAGCACAAUGAUAUAGAAAAGAACUCUCUGAUUACGGAAAACGAACGAGCUAGAAAUGGGGUAAAGUCGCGGACCUGGGGUUCACUUUUCUCCUUUGGUCGCUCAUAAAUGACUUUCAGUCCACUUUUUUGCUUGUAUGUUCGUAGUGAGCUGGAGUAUGUUGGUUGGUUAAUAGCGCUGGCUUGGAUCUAUGACUUGACAUUGGGGCAUGUUUGAGACAUAGCAUUGUGGAUUCGUUUUGCUUUAUAGUCUAUCUUUCAGAGCCUUGUUCUCCUUCUACGUGUCAAGAACUUGAU